AUGGGUUUUGGCUUGAAUCAAACUCCUGAGGAUACUCUAUCUCAAGGUAAUUUUACAUCAACUACUCCAAUUACUACAAUUCCAUCUCCAAUUAUUAGAGAUUUAAAUCAAUAUUGUCUCAUCGAUUUAAACGAAUGUUACCCGGAAGAAAAUGAUGAUGGUGAUAGUGAAGAAGAAGAAGAAAACGAGGAGGAGGAGGAGAUACACUGUCCCAUUAACACCAAUGCAAAACUAGAACCUAUUCAACAUGGAAAUAAGAAGAAGAAUUUAACUUCUGAUAUAAAGAGAAGGAUUCUUGAAAAAUUGAUGCAAGGAAGCACAGAUGGGAGACUUCACAGGGGAGUUAUCACCGAUACUGCGGCUCGGUUUGAAGUUGGUUUUAGAACGGUUUCGAGAUUAUGGCAUGAUGCAAAACUGGCUAAUGCAAAUGGAGAUGUAGUUGAUAUCUCUUCUAAGAUGGUCAAUAGAGUUGGCAGAAAGAGAAUUGAAUUAGAUUUAGAUAGAAUUAAGUUGAUACCUCUUCGCAAACGAACAAUAAUAAGAGGAAUAACACACGAACUAAACUUGUCAACAUCAACCGUACAUCGACUAAUCAAGGAUGGAAAUCUUCGACCACAUUCGAAUGCCUUGAGGCCGGGACUUACGGAUGAAAACAAGAUAGCAAGGGUGAAUUUUUACUUAAAAAUGAUAGACAAAGGUAUGACCCAAUCUUCAAGUUCAUUCAUUGACAUGUUGGAUAGGAUUCAUAUAGAUGAAAAAUGGUUUUACAUUACAAGAAGAGCACAAAAGUAUUAUCUUCAUGCGGAAGAAGAAGAUCCUUUACGCACGUGCAAAAGUAAAAUUUUUAUCACCACAAUCAUGUUUUUAACGGCCGUGGCUCGUCCUCGCUUGGGUUUUGAUGGUAAGAUCGGAAUAUGA